GCUCGCUUAUAUGCAGACCUCUGUCGCCACGCCCAGCACCGUAGUUGCCCAGCUUCCACUUCCAGAGCCCUACGCGGCGAGCUUCCGGAUCCUCCCAAAGGAAAAGCCUUCGGAACUUCCUUGAUGGCGACGGGAAUCACCACGACCUCUGCCCCCGCGCCGGCGAAGCAGCUGUCGCAGAAGGAGGCCGACAUCCAGUUGAUGUUGGCCGCCGAAGUCCACCUCGGCACCAAGAACUGUGACUUCCAGAUGGAGCGCUACGUCUUCAAGCGCCGCAAUGACGGUAUAUACAUUAUCAAUCUUGGUAAAACAUGGGAGAAACUUCAGCUGGCAGCGAGAGUCAUCGUGGCUAUUGAGAACCCACAGGAUAUCAUCGUUCAGUCUGCUCGACCAUAUGGUCAACGGGCCAUUUUGAAGUUUGCCCAAUACACGGGUGCUCAAGCAAUUGCUGGAAGGCACACUCCUGGAACAUUCACUAACCAGCUCCAGACCUCAUUCUGUGAGCCUCGCCUGCUCAUUCUCACCGAUCCAAGGACUGAUCACCAGCCGAUCAAAGAAUCAGCUCUUGGAAACAUUCCAACCAUUGCUUUCUGUGAUACUGAUUCACCGAUGCGAUAUGUGGAUAUUGGCAUCCCUGCUAAUAACAAGGGAAAACACAGCAUCGGAUGUCUCUUUUGGCUGUUGGCGAGGAUGGUCUUACAGAUGCGUGGCACCAUUCCUCUGGGUCAUAAGUGGGAUGUGAUGGUGGAUUUAUUUUUCUAUAGAGAGCCAGAGGAGACUAAGCAACAAGAAGAAGAGGAUGCUGUCAUGCCAGCUGAAUAUGGACUACCAGAUUACUCCGGUGGUGACCAAUGGACUUCUCAAAUCCCCGAUGCUUCAUGGGCUGGUGAAGCUGCUCCCCCAGCUGUGGCCGCCACGCCCAGUGCAACCUGGGCACCAGAGCAAGGCACAGUGGCAGUUGAUGGAUGGGAUACCGUGGCUGCACCUGUAGGUGCAAUGCCUGCUGUGCCUGCUGUGCCUGCUGUACCGGCAAAUGACGCUGGCUGGGAAUGACGUGCGGUCUGUCUCUCCUCAUUUUUGUAGACUUCACUCAUUUGAGAUCUUUCUUUUUUUUUUAUGGAGGGCGCCAUUCAAACUAUGCCGGUGCUCUGGAGAAUUUUAGAGUUGGAAUUUGUAUCUGUUCUUUAUUGAAGUCAGACAGUGUAGUCUUAAGGACAUUUGAAAGUACAGAUGUUCUUAAUGGGAUGAUUAUUUGUGGAA